GUCACACAGUAGACGAUGACUUAGUGCUUUAAACCACAACAAAUCUCCCGUUUCGACAGAAAAAAAAUGAUAAAUUUAACAGAGAACACUUGCCUCGAAGGUUACACACUCCUCAUCCCGAGCACCUGCGUCGGAAAUGUCUCUCAACUCACCGCCGACUUGCUCAUCGAGAACCUCAAAAUGGUAAAAGUGGGAAAUGUCUUCCAUGACUCCAUUCCGCCGCUAAUUGGGCUCUCGGCAUUCGAACACGUCACGGAUAAAGUCACCACAGCUGCUGAAUUAUACGUCGACAGCAAGCAACUCGCCGUCCUGCAACUCCGAACGCCCUUGACAGCUCCUCUCAUGGGCGAUUUCUUCUCAAAACUCGUCGAUUUCGCCAAAAGUCACAAAGUCAAAGACGUUAUUGUGCUCACAGCUUGCUACGGAUACGAAAAACAUUCGGUUCAAGGAAGCGAUUUUGCCUAUUAUGACAACAAAAAUAAGGAUUUGAGCGGAAUUCCGGGAUUAGACAAAGCAGGAAGUCCCUUGAAGAUUUUGGGAGGCGGUUAUGCGGUGAAACUGUUUGAAAAAUUCGCUGAAGCAGACAUCGACACACUCGUACUUUACAAAUAUGUAUCGGAAGGCGACAAUAUUCCGGAUGCUGUGACUUUGCUCUUGAAAUUAAACGAAAUUCGAAAAUUCGUUGACGUCGGCCCGAAAAAUGACAAAUUAACGAUGCCGGUUUCGUGGAAAUUUUUGUUCGGAAAUCGACCUCCAACGGAAAUUUAUUGAGAUUUUUUUAAAAAUGAAAAUAAAAUUUUGUUUCAAACUUAAAAAUUUACCACAAAUUUUAUUUUUUAACUGGAGAAAGGAAAAAUUAAAA